GGAGUUUUUAUUAUCGGAGUAUGGAUGCUGACUUUCAGCUAAUCAAGAAUGAUUGUAAGGCGCUGUGUCUGCCGACAGACAGAAGCGCUGCGCCGAUUAUGCAAAGCUGAGGACAGAGAAGGACAAAUGUAUUAUGCAAAUGUGCGAUUGUGCUCGAGCACUAUUUCGCACUCUAUUCCACGUAUAAGGAUUACUGCGCAGGACAAGGACAAAGAUAUGUCGCGGGCGCAGGCCACGCCCAUCACCUAUCACCUAGUUGCUCUCCCCACCACUCGAAUCGGCCUGCCAUUGCGAGAGGAUAUCAUUUCGUUUUCGACUCCGGCGGUGUACGGUGUACGGUGUACGGCUAGAAGGGUCUCGGCGAAAUGGACGUAG